AUGAAUACACAAGAAAACAAUGGAAAAGAGACAAGAUCUUCUUUUUCAACACAACCAAUUCCUAAACUACUAAAGACAUUACCACUCAAUAUUAACAAUAGUAGUAGUAGUAGUCAAGUGAACAAUCAUAACAAUAUGUCUACAACAACAACCACAAAGUUAGUAAAUACUAAUAAUAAUAAUAACAAUAGUAGUAAUAACAGUAAUAAUAAAGUAAAUUCAACUACUAUUACACCUGUAAAUAAACCAAUACAGCUUUUACCAUUAAAUAAACCAUUACCAAAGCCAUUACCUCUAUUUAAACCUAAUAUUAUCAAUAAAAAUAUAAUUACAAAUAUAAAUAACAGUAAUCAAAGUAUUUCAAGUAAUAAUAAUAUUAUUGGUAGUAGUAGUAGUAGUAGUAGCAGCAGCAGCAGCAGCAGCAAUAGUAGUAGUAGUAAUAGUAAUAAUAACAGUAAUCAAAGUAUAAACAAUGUAAAUAAUAAUAGUAAUAAAAGUAGUAGUAGUAGUAGUAAUGAUGAUAUAGAUUUCGAUUUUGAUUUCGAUGAUAAUAAUAAUAAUAACAAUUCAUCUAUAUCAGUUUCUACACAGUCACAAAAUUCAUUCACAAUGGCAUCAUCUUCAUCUCUAUUUAAACCGAUUAAUAACUUUAAUGCUAGUCCAAAGAAAUUGAACCCUCUUAUGUCAACCAUCAAUAACCAUAGUAUCAAUGUUAUGAAUAACAAAAAUAAUAAUAAUAAUAAUAAUAGUAAUAAUACAGUUCAAAACAACAACUAUAAUAAUAACAAUAAUAGCUAUAGCAAUAACAAUGAUGUAAUCGACUUUCAACAGAGAAUAAUGAUACCUAUCAAUUUAGAGUUUAAAUUAAUCAAUGAAACAGAGUUCUCUUGUAUCGAUCCAAAGAAUGGAGCAAUCAAGAGGAUAUUCUUACAGAUAGAAGGAGCAAAACAAUUUGAUGAGAAUUGGUGGGGUAAUACCGGUGUUACAACAUAA